AUGAAGAAGUGUUGCUAUUUGACUAUCUUUGUCCUCCUUGUUCAUUUGGAGUUAUUGGCCAUUCAACCUGUAAAUGCGACAGCUAAAAGGGUGGUCGUUCCUCAAAAUCCUGCAGAUUAUCUGUCUUUGACUUACUACCUUAACAAAUGUCCAGAUGCAGAAGGCAUCAUUCAGCAAAAAGUGGGAGCUUGGAUUCAGAGGGAUUUCACCUUGGCUGCUAGUCUCAUUCGUUUACACUUCCACGAUUGUGCUGUUCGGGGAUGUGAUGCAUCCAUAUUGCUGAACUACAAAGGAAGCGAGAGGUCAUCUUAUGUGAGCAGCACUUUGAGAGCUUUCCAAGUGAUUGAUGACAUUAAGGCAGAACUUGAGAAGAGAUGUCCCAGAACUGUCUCUUGCGCUGACAUUCUCACUGCUGCGGCUAGAGACGCCACUGUUUUCGCCGGAGGACCAUUCUGGGAAGUCCCAUUUGGACGUAAAGAUGGUAGAAUUUCUUUAGCCAAAGAAGCAGAAGUUGUCCCUCAAGGCCAUGAAAACGUUACCGCUUUGAUUGAGUUCUUCCAAACCAAAGGUUUGAAUAUACUCGACUUAGUCACUCUCUCUGGCGCACAUACCAUUGGUAGAUGUACCUGUGGUACAAUUCUAAAUAGGCUCUAUAACUUCAAUGGAACCAAAAAUCCUGAUCCCUCACUCAAUACCAGCUACUUGAACUUGUUGAAGAAAAGAUGUAAGCGUUCAACAGAUUUGGUUUACCUUGAUGUCAUAACUCCAAGGACUUUUGACACUGUUUUCUACACAAAUCUUCAGAGGAAAGUAGGGUUGUUAACAACAGAUCAAGAACUCUAUUCAGAUGAAAGAACCUUACCCUUUGUAGAAGCAAUGGCAUCUCAGCCAUUUCUAUUUCAGAACCAGUUUAUAGUGUCUAUGACAAACCUUGGAAACGUGCAAGUUCUUACUGGGAAUGAAGGUGAAAUUAGAGCGAAUUGCAACUAUGUUAAUCGUCGUUGA